GAAGAGAGCAGAGGAGAGGAGAGCUGCCCUGCUCCCUGCUCCCGUGCCGGGCUGCCUGCAUGGCUCCCGGGCACUGUGGAGAUUGUGGGGGCUGCUGCUGCUGAGCAACCAUCCAUCGCUUUAAACUCAGCCUCAACUUAGCGCAGCAGGCAAGAAUGGCAAAGCCACUGGAGCUUUGGAGCUGCCAGAAGAGCCAGGGAAACUGGAUUUUGGUCGCUGCUGUCUAAUAAAUGGGAGUAAAAUGGAAUUUCUUGCCUGGGUUUUUCCUGCCUUGAUUCUACUGUGCACCCAACAGCACAGGUGUAUCAGAGCUAUGAGUGACAUCGGAGAUUACAUAGGUUCCAACAUUGAAAUCUCCUGGUUGCCCAACCUGGAUGAUUUGAUGAAAGGCUACGCACGAAAUUUCAGGCCCGGGAUUGGAGGUCCUCCUGUUAAUGUUGCUCUGGCAAUCGAAGUAGCCAGCAUUGACCACAUCUCAGAAGUGAACAUGGAAUACACCAUGACAGUAUUUUUGCACCAGAGCUGGCGAGACGAUCGUCUGUCUUACAACCACACCAAUGAAACUCUGGGCUUGGACAGCAGGUUUGUGGACAAGCUCUGGUUGCCAGAUACUUUCAUAGUCAAUGCCAAGUCUGCCUGGUUCCAUGAUGUGACUGUGGAAAACAAACUUAUCAGGCUCCAGCCAGAUGGAGUUAUUUUAUACAGCAUCAGGAUUACCUCAACAGUGGCCUGUGACAUGGACCUUUCCAAGUAUCCAAUGGAUGAGCAGGAAUGCAUGUUGGAUUUGGAGAGCUAUGGCUACUCUUCAGAGGACAUUGUCUACCACUGGUCAGAAAACCAGGAGGAGAUCCAUGGGCUGGAUAAGCUUCAGCUUGCUCAAUUCACAAUUACCAAUUACCAGUUCACAACAGAAAUCAUGAACUUCAAAUCUGCAGGUCAGUUUCCCAGGCUCAGUCUCCACUUCCACCUUCGGCGAAAUCGUGGCGUUUACAUCAUCCAGUCUUAUGUCCCUUCCAUCCUACUGGUGGCCAUGUCGUGGGUGUCCUUCUGGAUCAGCCAGUCAGCUGUGCCUGCCAGGGUGUCACUAGGUAUCACCACUGUUCUUACAAUGACCACACUGAUGGUCAGUGCCCGAUCCUCACUCCCACGAGCCUCUGCCAUCAAGGCACUGGACGUUUACUUCUGGAUCUGCUACGUGUUUGUCUUCGCUGCACUGGUGGAAUACGCCUUUGCACAUUUCAACGCUGACUACAUGAAAAAGCAGAAGAACAAGAUCAAGGCGAGAAGGCAGAGUGCAGAGAUCAACGUGAAGAAUGCCAUUGUUCUGUUUUCCCUCUCUAUAGCUGGUGUGAACCAGGAACUGGCCAUUUCCAACAGGCAGCACCGAAUUCCCAGAAGCCUGCCUGGAUCAUAUGGGACAAUAGAAAUAGAAACUGGAGAGACAAAACAGCAGCAGGGAAUGAAACUGGACAAAAAGACUGGCCUGAAGUCCCUCUUUAAGCCCAUUGAUGCUGACACCAUUGACAUUUACGCCAGAGCUGUGUUCCCAGCAGCCUUUGCAGCAGUCAAUGUUAUAUACUGGGUUGCAUACACAAUGUAAAGACAACAAAAAAGGGAACAUUCUUCCCAAGACCUACAAACUGAUCAAUACCCACAGGCUAAAAAGUGCUCACUGAAACGGAAUUGAGGCAGUGCUCAAAGUAUUUUCCAACGAGCUCAAGACACUUCCAAAGUCAAGAAGAUCCUGCUAUGAAUUCCUACUUAAAGCAGCAAUUUAUUGCUGACCUGAUUUGAUACAGUAAGACUGCACUCUGCCAAACAACUCCAGCUCUUUCUUUCCUGUAAUACCAUGAGACAACUUUUCAUAUGUACAUAUUUGUAGCAAAAGCUUAUAUCUUAAAUGACCGUGGUUUUCCUCCACUUCAAGGGUUGAUCAGUAAUGAAGAUUUGGCUUUUCACACUCAGAUAAUUUCCUUUUUAUUUGUAAUGAAAGAGCUCAUUCCUCACUUCUGCACAGGUGGUUUUCUGCAUCUGUGGGCUGGUCUAGGUUUAACAGUAGUGCUAAAAGUUGGAGUUUUUAAUCAGAAAAAUCUCAUGAACAAAGUAAAAGGGAAUAGAGGGGUGUGGAGGGUUUUUCUUAAAAUAUUAUUUGUCUUGGAUAAAGUAUUGAAAAAUUUCAAUGCUCUUAGGCACAGCAUGAAAUAAAAUAUACUACAUAAAAUUCUA